UUAGGCAGAUGCACACAGCGGUUGAGAAACCUCGUGGUCUGGCUUAAAGUGUUCUAGUUAUACUUUUUUCUCUCUUUUUUAAAAUCAACAGCGAUAGCCUGAGACACAAGCGGUUUCUGAGUGCACGUAUGGGUCAGUUGAGCAAAGAAAGUCUGAGAAUAGCUUCAUCAGAGGAGGAAGAAAUGCAGAGAUAUGGUAAGCAAUUGUGACAUGUACCUUCACAUGGUUGUGAAGAAUAAAGAAGUGGUGAUUUUUGAUGAUGUGUUAAAGUUGGCAGAAGAAAAUCAUGACAUGGAUAUCUUCAGAGAAGCCUUGCGACUUAUCCUUCUUAUACUACUCAACUGCGAGCUAAGAGACUCUUAUACUGUGGUUUGUACUGGAGAGCUGACAGUAGAUCAAGACAUCAUUCCUAUUGGCUCCAACCUGACUGUGCACUGCCGAUCCAACACUGUGACAUGUGGCAGGCUCUUCGUCAUGACGUUUAAUUAUAAGGAAGUUCUAAGAAAGAUCAGCUGUUCCAAUGUGACAGCACAAGUGGUUGUGAACGAGCCAAACUCCUGGAUCUACUGCAGUGUGACAAAGGGAAGGACGUCUGAGGUUGUGUGUGGACGGGACAUUGUGGCUAACCCGAUUCCAAGUCCUGCACGUAUUAAACAGAUUGCAUUUGCAAAAGGCUCUCUUUCGCCCAUCAUCCACUGGUACAGCUCAGACAAUAUGGAGAAUCUGAAACCCAGUCUGAGAUUUCGAAGAGUUUAUGGUUCUUCAGUCUGGAUGGAAGGAAAUGUGACUCAGCUUCACAGAGGGACCCUUGUGUUGCUGAGGAAGUUGGAGCCACUGACGUUAUAUGAGUUUGAGCUGAGAGUCUGCACAGUUUCAAUGACGAAUAACUGCAGCUUGUGGAGUGAGCCACUCACUCAGAGCAGCCCUGGAAAAGCACCCUCAUCCAAGCUCGAUGUGUGGAAGAUAAUCACGAGAAAUGAACAGAGCGACACGCAGAAUGUGACCAUCAUGUGGAAGCCUUUAGGUACAGAGGACUAUAAAGGAGUCUUGCACCAUUAUGAAGUAGUCUAUCAAGAGAAGGGCACGACACACGUUCUGAAUUGCUCUAUGGCUCUUACGCAGUACACACUUGAACUGCCACUGGGGGUGACAGAGCUGAAUGUCAGUGCUGUUACUUCAGCAGGAAGUUCACCACCGGCUUCAGUGAGACUGACCUGUUCAGCAGACAUACCAUCUCCAGAAAUAACGUCAAGCUAUGCAGCAGAGGGCGGCAUAAACCUUGUGUGGAACUCACAUCAGUUCUCAAACAGGACGUCAGAGCAAAUACUGGGUUUUGUUCUUCAGUGGCAGUGCACCCCACAUCAAGUGCAGUGGAAGAGAAAUGAAAUAAACUCCAACUCAAUAUACAUUCAGGCUACACACCCGACUCUGUGUAACAUUUCCCUCUAUGUUGAGAGCAGUAACGGAGUGUCAUGCCCUUCUUUUAAACAAAUCCAUACGCUUGAGAAAGGCACUUACACAAUAUCCAAAGACUUGGAAGAGAUGAGUAAUGCCCCUCGUACAGCAAAACCUACUCCAGGAAAAACAAAAGAUGCACUGAUAGUCUGGAUUUGCAUCAUUGCGGUGGUUCCUAUCGUUAUCUUUGUGAAUCUACUGUACUUGAAAUGUACACGAGAAAGAAUAAGGAAGGUGUGCACGUCAGUGGGACCCUCUUGGCUUUUUCAGAAUUUACCUAAGCUUGGAAACAGCAAUGCCAUCAAAUUACUGAAGGAUGAUAGAUAUGGCUCAGAUCUGUCCUGGCAACCCAUUGACAGCGACCCACCCUUAUCUCCAGUUGAGGACUACAGUCCACCUGUGGAAAGGACGGACCUGUACCCCAUUGUACACAAAGAAGCAACCACAGAAGAGAGGGCAGUCAGGGAAGAUUGGACAGUCUGUCCUUAUAAACCUCAAAUUAUGAUUUCUCAAGGAGCAGAGGUGGAAUGUGAGGUAGCCGAGAAGGAAGAAGAUGAGGCUCCUUGGAUGGGCCUCACCUCACCUGUCUUCAAUACAUUUGAACAAAAUUUUUUCCCAAGUCAAGGAAUGCAUGCGUCUUUACCAAGCUGCUUGACUGUGGAUGGAAGACCUGUAUCUAUGGAUCUUGUUGAUGGAUUCCCCUUUUUUACUCCAACUACUUUAAAUAGAAACAUGUGGACAGACAGGAGGUUUUCAGAAACUGGAAAUGGAGAUCAGAGCCAGCACCAAAGCCAGACAGUGUUACCCAAUGAUCUGGUGAUGUGCUUGAGAGAGCCUUUUUUAAAUGACAGACCUCCUUCCCCAGUCCAGAGAAGUCUGCACACUCUACAGGUUGAUGAGCAGUUGCUCUAAAAUGUUCUACAAAAAUUAGUCACAUCUAUAACCAUGUGAAAAUCCUUGAGUGUGAAAUUUCAUCUUUCCCUCCAUCAGUCAUGUGUAACAGUAUGCAAAUUAUUUGGGAACUGAGCAAAACAUUUAUGUUCACCAGACUCUUUCGUUCAAAGCAACCUGCAGUUGAGCUGAGCACAUGAGGAGUAAUGGGUUUGCUCAAGUACCCUACAGUAGAAGCUUGCUAGAGUUGAACUUACAACCUUCCGAUAAGAAGGCCAGAGCCCUAACCCUAACAUAGCCACCUCUGUCCUGGAUUUAUGUAUAAGUGCAUCACAAACAAAAUAGCCAUCAUGAGGUUCUUUAAGGCCAGGGUUCUCAAAGUGCUUUCCAGUAACCUCCAGAGUUUUCUUGUUUGUUUUGUUAGUGUUCGGUAUCAAACCCCCUCAUCAUAAAUAAGUGAACAAGACAAAGUCGAAGUUAUUAUUCACCAAUAUUCAUUGAGCCUGAGGCGGAUAAUUGUUUUAGUAUAAAUACACGGGUGAUUAUUUUAAAAAAUGCUAAUCAUAUUAAAAAAUAAUUUAUUUCAAACUUCUGAAGCGGCAUGCAAAUGAAAUGUACACAGACUUGUCAUUUAUCUAUGCCGACUCACGUAAAAUACUUUGUUUUGAAAUAGAUAAAUCACAAUUCCACCUACCUUUGAAUAGUUUUAGACCAAACUUCAUAGCAUCUUUAGUGCUUUUAGGAACAGCAUUUUCUUUCAUCAUUUGUAAUUCUUCCUCACUUAUAGUGACGAAGUGAUUGGCCGCCAUUUUGCAGAGUCGCUUGAGGUGAUUAUCAAGAAAGAGUCCGAAUUUCUCAACCAAUCAGCACACACGAUUUUCUGUAAUCACCUCCAUAUUUAUACUAAAAUAUUUAUUAUGGUUAUGAGCCAGUUUAACAGAUCACUUGAAUAGAAUGGGUUCAAGCCAAAUGUCAAUCAUUCAAAAACCAGUAAGCCUUAAAUAAUAACAAAUUGGAUGAAAUGUGUUUCUUGUGUGGUGUGUGUGUCAAACAUUCAAGGAUGAAAAGCUCUUUGAUGCCAAUAAGUAGCUUAAUAAAUAAUAAGGACCCUUAUAUUCGAAUAGUUACUGUAGAUUAUGCUGAUAAAAGAAAUCUAUGCUGAUGAAGUCUAUAUAUUUUAUUUUACAGUUACUGCAAAAAACUUUGAGAACCCCUACUGUCACUUGUAUAAAGCAUUAUUGUCUGUUUUUUCAAUAAUUAAGAGCUAUACACUCACCAGCCACUUUAAUAGGAACUUGUCCUUGAUUCUAAGGUUCCUGUUCUUAGCUGCAGGACUGAAACCCAUGUGGUCUUCUGCUAUUGCAUGUUGAGAUGCUUUUCUGAUCACCACGGUUGUAAAGAGUUGCUAUGAGUUACUAUAUCCUUCCUGGCAGCUCGAACCAAUCUGGCCAUUUUCCUCUGACCUCUCUUAUCAACAAGGCGUUUAUUUCCACCCACAGAACUGUCGCUCAUUUGAUGGUUUUUUUUGUUUUUCACACCAUUCUGUGUAAACUCUAGAGCCUGUUGUGUGUGAAAACCCCAGGAGAUCAGCAGUUUCUGAAAUACUCAAACCAGUCCAUCUGGCUCAAACCAACACCCAUGCCACGGUGAAAGAAAGUCACACUUUGAGAUCACAAUGUUUCCCAUUCUGAUGUUUAGAAGUGAUCAUUAACUGAAGCUCUUGAUUUGUAUUUGCAUGAUUUUAUGCAUUGUGCUGCUGUCAAGGGUUAGAUAAAUGCAUAAAACAGCAGGUGGACAUAUGGGUGUUCCUAAUAAAGUAGCUGGUAAGUGUAAUUCUCCACACAAGUCCUACAAAUGAAUUAGAGGACUAAAGAUUGUUAACAGGAAGAUGUACGCGAAUCACUUUUCAGGUUUGGUUUUCUUGAAUGAGAUAACAGGUUUUCAUCUGUUUCCCUGAAAUAUACAGUGGUGCUUGAAAGUUAGU